CCGAAUACUGAAGUUAAGCGAAAAAAUAGGUAUGCUUGCAAUUUUUUUUGUAAAGCGGGCAUAAGUUAAAACGUGACUCAAAUAGCGAAUAUAGAUGCAAAUGACUUGUUUUAGCAGUAGACUAAACUAAGCCCUAUAACCCAUUCGGCCCUUGACAGUAUUUUCCAAACAAGAAUCCUUUCUCUAGAUUAAUCCCAAAACCCCAGACCAGUUCACCAUCUUCCUCCUCGUUAUCUUCCUCGCCACAAUACCCAUUUUUCCCUGUCCUUCAUUUCUCUAAUUCAUAAUUAGUCUCUUUAUUUCCUUAUUUAAAUUUAUUAUUUUCUUUCCUUAAUUGUUUUACCAUUUUAUUACUAAGUGUCAUAGCACAAUCUCUUCCCUAAUCACUCAAAAUCAGAAACUAUUUUCUAAAGAACGAAUUUUGGCGGAAGAGUUGGGGACGAAUUUCAUGGAAGAAUCAGUCCAGGUUCAAAAAAAGUAUCACAAAGUGGGAAUUUUGUCAAAAUCAAUCCAAAAGGUUUAAGAGAAAAAGAAAAAGGUAAAAAGAAAAGCAAACUAGAGAAGCUGACCAGGGAAGUGGCUGAAAAUUCGUAUUUCCCAGCUCAUCGCCUGAAUAUAAAAAAUGUGGCAGCUGUAUGAAGGAUGGAAAGAGAUUCUGAAGAUCCAAAAGUUCCGGAGAAUUGUGUCCUAUACUGGAUUCUAUUGUUUCACUGCGCUCAUCACAUAUGCAUACACCAACAAUACGACUAGAGCGGGGCACUCAAGAGAUGACCAAUUCUAUGCUUCUUAUCCGGCUGGAACAGAGCUCCUUACUGACACAGCUAAGUUAUAUAAAGCAGCAUUGGGCAAUGUUUUUGAAGAGGAAGAAUGGGGACCAAUCGAAUGGUGCGUCCUGGCUAAACAUUUUGAACGACAAGGGAAAUCACCAUAUGCAUAUCAUUCUCAAUACAUGGCACACCUCGUUUCUCAUGGACAGCUAGAUGGAAGUGGCUAACGAGAGCGCAAUAGCAGCAAACACCUCCUUUACUGACGAGUCAACACCUCUCAUCUACAUCUUGAGCAACCUUAAAUCAAUGCUAGAAGUAAAUUUAUGCAGCUGCGGCUUUGUUAGUAACUUCUUACGUCCUGACAUUUAUUGGCUUUACGGAACACAUUUUAUACAAUCCAACGAUGCUGAAAAUGUUAUACUAACCUCUUAGUGUAAGCUUAUUUCAAAUCAAUAUGAUGAGUGGGGAGUGGGAGUAUUUGAAUAAAUACUCUUAAAUAAAAAUUCAUAUUAGCGAACAUUUUUGUAAUUGAAACUUCCACAAUUUGUGCUCCUUUUAUAAAUUGAGGGUGGUUAUUCCUAUAGUGUAUCAAUGUUAAAGUC